AUGACAGACAUCAGGGAACAGGGCCUUAAAAAGCCCAUUGCUAUCACCGAGUACCUUUUCAAGAGGCUCCAUGAAAUUGGGAUCCGCUCCGUCCACGGCCUCCCGGGAGACUUCAACCUGGUAGCCCUAGACUACAUCCCCAAGGCCGGGUUGCGCUGGGUGGGUAGCGUGAAUGAGCUCAACGCAGCGUAUGCCGCCGAUGGAUAUGCUCGCACCAAGGGCAUCUCGGCCAUCCUUACCACCUUUGGCGUAGGGGAGCUAUCGGCCAUCAACGGCAUUGCCGGCGCCUUCUCGGAACACGUUCCCGUCGUACACAUUGUCGGCUGUCCAUCCACCAUCUCACAGCGCAAUGGCAUGCUGCUGCACCACACACUCGGCAAUGGUGACUUCAAUGUCUUCGCCAACAUGAGCUCCCAGAUUUCGUGCGACAUGGCUCGCCUGAACAAGCCGGCCGAGAUCCCCGACCAAAUCGACCACGCCCUGCGAGAGUGCUGGAUCCGCAGCCGGCCAGUGUACAUUAUGCUGCCGACUGACAUGGCCGAGAAGAAGGUCGAGGGCGCUCGUCUCGACACACCCAUUGACCUCGCCGAACCCGAGAACGAUCCAGAGCGUGAAGACUACGUCGUGGACGUGGUUCUCAAGUACCUCCACGCCGCCAAGUCGCCCGUUAUUCUAGUUGAUGCAUGUGCGAUCCGUCACAGGGUGCUUGAGGAGGUACAUGACCUUGUGGAAAAAACCCAGCUCCCGGUGUUUGUAACGCCCAUGGGCAAGGGCGCCAUCAACGAGAAUCACCCCUCGUACGGCGGCGUGUACGCAGGCACGGGCUCGCAGCCCGCUGUGGCUGAGCGAGUUGAGUCUGCGGACUUGGUGCUCUCUAUCGGCGCACUCAAGAGCGACUUCAACACGGCGGGAUUCUCAUACCGGACGUCGCAACUCAACACGAUCGACUUCCACUCAACCCACUGCACCGUGCGCUACUCCGAGUACCCCGGCGUGGCUAUGCGCGGCGUGCUACGCAAAGUAAACGAGAGGGUCGACCUGACCAAGUUGUGUCGGCCAUCCUCGCCCGAUGUGGCUAACGAGGUGACCAAGAACAGGGACAGUUCCGAGACCAUUACCCAGGCGUUCUUCUGGCCCCGCGUUGGGGAGUACCUAAAGGAGGACGACAUCGUGGUGACCGAGACAGGCACUUCCAACUUUGGCAUCUGGGAGACCAAGUACCCACGGGGCGUCACUGGCGUCACACAGAUCCUUUGGGGCAGCAUCGGAUGGUCAGUUGGUGCCGCCCAGGGCGCCGCACUGGCGGCGAAAGAUAUGGGCACCGACCGGCGAACCAUUUUGUUUGUCGGCGACGGCUCGUUCCAACUUACCGCGCAAGAGGUGUCGACCAUGAUGCGGCAUAACCUCAAAGUUACCAUCUUCCUCAUCUACAACGAGGGGUUUACCAUUGAGCGCUACAUCCACGGCAUGGAGGCCGAGUACAACGACGUCGUCCGCUGGCAGUACACUGACGUGCCGACUGUGUUUGGCGGAUCGGACAAGCAGGUCCGCAAGUUUGUCAUCAAGACCAAAGAUGAGUUGGAAAAGUUGUUGACGGACAAGGAGUUCAACGAGGCUGGCGGGCUGCAGUUCGUCGAGCUGUGGAUGCCCAAGGAUGACGCACCGCGGGCAUUGAAAAUUACGGCUGAGAUUGCUGCGAAGAAUAAUGCAAAGAUGAGUGACUAA